UAAGGAGGCCGUUAAAAUGAUUGCAGAACUGAGUAAAUCUAAUUCAAAUAUAAGAACAAUGUUUGGUGCCUCGGCAGCCUCGCAGAGUUCUGUUGCUAAAAUGGAAAUAAAACUCUGUAGUUUUAUCGUUGAGCACAACCUACCCAUCCAUAUAAGCGAUGAUUUGCUGGCUCUGCUAUCCAGCUUAUUUCCUACGAAUAAAACAGUCCAGAAAGCAACAUUAGGAAAGCAGAAAGCAACCAAUGUUAUUCGUCAGGUUCUGGGAUUUCAUACUCUUAAAGAAUCCAUUGCUGAUUUGAAGUCUAGAAAGUUUUCAUUGAUCAUUGAUGAAACGACCGAUUGCUCUCGCAAGAAUCAACUGGCUAUAUUGGUGAUCUUUUUCAAUCCAUGCACAUUUAAGAUGGAUUGUAACCUGAUUGACAUCAUUCAAUUGGAUGAUGGAAAAGCUGAGACAAUUUAUAGUGCUAUAGUGGAAUGCUUUGAACAGAAAGACAUUCCAAUGGAAAACAUUGUCGGAUUUUGCGCAGAUACCUGCAAUGUAAUGUUUGGAUCACGUCAUUCUGUUGCUCAAAUGCUGGUUGCCAAUUAUCCAUGGAUAAUACCUGUCAAAUGUGCUUGCCAUAUGAUCCACCUUUGUGCAUCUCAUGCGUCAGUGCAGCUGCCUAAGUCUAUAGAAGAUUUAUGUCGAAACAUAUCUUCAUAUUUCCACUUAUCCCCUCUACGAACCAAGAACUUUCAAGAAUUCCAAGAGUUUUUUGACCUUGAGAAACAUCAGCUGCUAAAACCUGGACAAACCAGAUGGUUAUCAAUGAAGAUGUGUGUAGAUAGAAUCAUUGAACAAUAUGAUGCUUUGAAGCUCUAUUUCACAGGUGCAGCAGUUGAGGAUCCAACACAUACCAAUGACAGCAUUCUGAAAAGUCUAAACAACAAGUUCACUCUAGCAUACCUUGAGUUCAUGGCUUUCAACCUUGGUAGAUUUACUUCUUUCAACACUUUAUUCCAAAGUGGAAUCCCUGUGCUGUAUCUGCUGAAAAGUGAACUCAAAACCCUGCUAACAUCAAUACUCUCAGAUUUCAUGGAGGUAUCAUAUGUGCGAAAAAAUGAUCCAUGGCAUAUUGAUGUUAAUGACCAGAAGCAUUACGUCUCACUCAACAAAGUCUAUGUUGGACCUUGUGCAAUUGAUACUAUCCGAACCAUAGAGGAUGGUAUUGGCAAGGACCAUCCUGAUGUGCAGCUAUUUUUCACUCAUUGUAGAAAUUUUCAAAUAGAAUCUGUAAAGCAAAUUUUGCUACGAUUUGAUGAUUGUAGCAAGUUUGAUUUCUUAUCAUUUCUCACACCUGUUUCUGCUUACUCCCUGUCUCCACCAUCUUUAUCGCAAGUCUACAGUCAAUUUCCAAAUCUAAAGGAUGUUGCAGACUUGAGGGAAACUGAUCGAGAAUGGCGGCAACAUGCACUUAGCCCCAAUUUGAAUGGUGAGAAGAGUUUUGAGGAAUAUUGGAAAGUGGUGUUCAGUGAGAAAAACCAAGGUGGAGAGAAAGUUUAUCCCAAUUUAACCAACGUGGUAGCUACAGCCUUAUCUUUGCCAUUUUCCAAUGCUGCUGUUGAGCGUGUUUUUAGCCAACUAAGGCUUAUCAAGAAUGAUCAUCGGGCAACACUCAAGCAAGAAAGUUUGUUGGCUUUGCUUUCAACGAAGUAUUCCUUCCUAAAGAAAGGAAAACGUCAGGCUGUUUUGAUGGAUCCUUCAAAUGAAAUGCUUAACCUGCACAAACGAAUGAAAUCCAAUGCUGAUGACGAAGAUGCGGGAAAACUAAGAGCUGAAUUUUUGAAAGAACUUAAAAACGCUUGA